AUGGAAGAUGUGGAAGCUUGGACUGGUGUGAUCUAUACAGGUAGCUGGGAGUUAGAUCGACUUCAAGAGAUCUUGUCCCUGGCGGACGACGGAGCCUUUCAUGCGGACGACGGAGCCUUUCCGUUUGGUCCUGUGACGCGACAGAUGUGGCGCCGCGUGGAUUCCCAGGGCUUCCUGUUGCCCCACGACAACUUCCUUGGUGCCUGUGAGACGGCGGAGGCGGCAGAUGCGGCACUGGAGCGAUUGAGGGAGGAGGAUCUGCUGGUGAUACAUCUCUUCAGCGCCUUGGAAGGGAACCAUGUGGACCAUGUGGGAUAUGGGAUAGGCGUGCUGGUCGUUGGCAGCUCGCAGCACGUGGAACUCUUCGACCUCUUUGCUCUCCGAGCAGAGACGGAGGGCACGGAGUUGGUCAAUUGGCCGUUGCUGGCGCAGAAGCUCCGCGGAAUCCUAUCGCAACAAGACGUGCUGAAAAUCGUGCCAUGGCCGAGUCUGGCGGGGGUUUGGGGAGGCAUUGAAGAACUCAUCGACAUGGCCAUCGAACUAGGCCUCGGCAUUGCUCGGAGUCUGAAGCCCAACGAGAAAGAUCCCGUGGGCCCGGUUUUAGACAGUCAGUCUCUCCUCCAAGAGCUGUUUCCUGGAAGUGGCUGGCCCAGCAUUUUUCGCCGUGUCCUUGGUCUCCGCCUGUGCCUGGAAGAGGAAGGAUCCAACUGGUCCAGGAGGCAAAGUUGCAACGUGGGCUGGGCCCGGCCAUUGCGACGCUCCCAGCUGCACCACGCAGCUGUGAUGACCUGGACGCAGCUGCCGGUGCUGCACGCGCUCUGCGCCAAGACGUCGCUGCUGCCCGAAGCCAAGUUGCGGGGCCACGUCUGCGUGCAGUCGCGCACGCGCUUCUGGUUGCGCAGCCGCGAUGGUGGGAAGCAUGUCCUGGGUCAGCUGGCGCCACCGGGGCGCAUGGUGGAGCCAAAAGGGGCCAGAGGAACGGCAUCAUCCUUCACAAGGGUGGCAUUGCUGGAAGAUUCGGAGAAUCAAGAAGAGGUGGAGGUGGUUAGUGAUCUCAUUGGCAACUCUGCCAUGGUCGUCCCUUUAGGGGCUGACCUUGCAACGCCGAGACGCGUGGAUGCCAGGUGCCUCCGUGCCGUGAACUGCUGGAGCUCUUCGGUCUGGGUCGAGCGCCUCAUGGCAGCCGCUUCCGUCGAUCGCGGCGAAGAAUUCUUCGGCACGGUGGAUCAGCUGGCAGUGGCGGAAGUGAUGCCGGCCUUCACGUCUCGCUUGGCCAUGUCAACGACCACAAGAACACUGGCAGGCAUUCACCAAAGUCGCAGAGGAGAUUUGUUGGAAGUUGUGUUCGCGCUUCUUCGAUUUGGACCUGGCCAAUGGGCUGUUGGAACAAAGUUACGCUGCGCAGCGGAGCUUGCUGGGCGAUCCAUGGGAAUCCUGAGAUCCGAAUCACUGCAGCAGCUGGAAGCAGCGAUCCGAAGUGGUGCUGAUGGCCUCGCUUUCCGGCGACUCGAUGUCCUGAUGAUCGGAUGGCCAUGGAUGGCCUGUGCGGAGCACGGGCCGGCUUGGAUUAGCAGCCGAUUGAGUGGUGGCAAGGAAAUGCCUGGCACACUGACAGCAGGAGGGGACAGAUUUCCACUUUUCUUGAUGAAACAGAACGGCACAGAUCCUCUGGAUGGAAUUCUCAGUUUUUCGAAUCUUGAAGAGACCAUGACAGCAGAAAAUGUGAGGUUCCAAGAUGGAUGCAGGUGGACAAUCCAUGCACAAAGCCCAAGAUAUCGAUACCAUGCCAUGGGCAGUCCGAGCACUCCUAGUGCUGUUGAGCCACCAGCCACUCCAGCCACUGAGCCUUGGAGGAAGGACCUUGACUCGGGCGCCCAACUGUCGAUUUGGAGCUCCAGCGGAGGAUGUUGGACAUUGGGCAAGAUUAUCGAUGCCAAUGCCGAACGCUUAAAGGUGGAUUAUGUGGUGGACGGCGAACGAGUUGAGAAGACAGUGCUGCGAGAGUCCCUGCACUUGCGGCAGGCGCCAGGGCCGCCAGGGCCGCCAGGGCCAGGCGGACCUUCGAUGGUGCAACAAGCCGUGGUGCGUCCAUGGCAUCCGCCCAUGCAGCUCCCACCAGUGCCCGCGAUGACGGCGCAGGCCGCCGCAGCGGUGCCACAGGUGCUGCCUCCAGGCCAUUUGCGCCUGGCAGAUUUACAGAUUGGUCAGAUGUUGGGCUCUGGCGGCUUCGGCUCUGUUCAUCGCGGCUUUUUGCGUGGCUAUCCAAAGGAGGUGGCCAUCAAGAAACUGCAUGUCAUGGGUGGCGUGACCAAGGAGCAUGUGGCGGAAUUUUACAAGGAGGUUGCGAACCUCCAGGCUUUGAGGCACGAGCGUUUGAUCCAACUCAUCGGUAUCGCGUGCGAGAUGCCGCUUCUGUGCAUCGUCACGGAGUUGGCCGCGGGCGGAUCACUUCACGACUUACUUCACGUGAAGCGGGUGAUGCUCCAGGAGGCCCAAAAGCUUCGCUUGAUUCUGCAGAUGACUGAGGGCGUCAUGUUUCUACAUGGCCAGCGACCUCCGUUUGUCCAUCGGGACUUGAAGAGCGCCAAUGUCGUGCUGGAUGCGGAGCUCAAUGCGAAGCUUUGCGAUUUGGGCAUCACUGAGCGCAUGGAAAGGACCCACAUCAGCAAGCGAGACGCGGAAGCGGGAUCGCCCAGGUAUAUGUCGCCUGAGUUGUUCCACGCCCCUGGCAAGCUUACUGAAAAGAUGGACCUUUGGGCAUUGGGCUGCCUGGCUGUCGAGGUGCUGACCACGCGAGUGCCUCAUGAAGGAUGCAUCAACGUGCAACAGGUAGCGACCAAGCUGCUGGUGACCAAAGAGCCACCCUUCACUGAUGAUUGGGCGGUGCCUUUUCACCCAGAGGUGAAAGAAAUCCUCUCCAAGUGCUUCGAGUGGAAUCCGGUGGAGCGACCUUCUGCAGCCAAGGUCUUUGAGGUCUUCUCAGCACUGCCUCGGCUGGCUGAGCCCCCAAGAUAGUACCCAGAGCAGUGGCCAGCCUUGAAAGCUGUGAUCUUUACUGUUGGAGGUCAAGCGUGAUUUGAUUUGCGGGGCGUGGGG